UCAUCUAAAACGACUUUAUAAAUUUAUUUAAGUAAAUGAAACAGUAAUUGUGUUAAAUAAAAGUCAAAAUGAAGUAUUUCUUAGUGUUCUGUUUGUUAGUUGUUCCUGCAAUUAUUCUGACAGUGGAUAAUGGUUCAAAACUUUGUGCCUAUGCUGCCGAAGAUGAAUUAGAAGAUGAACUUGUUGAUGUUGAAGGCGAGAACGAAGAUGGAUCAGUAGUUGGAGAAGAUGCACCGGAUGAUGAACUAGGUGAAUCAACAGCAUCACCGUUUGCUGAUACUGUUGUACUUUUCACUAAACCAACUUCUACUGGAUCCCAAUUGGAAUUCCCUGCAGGAAAGCUUGUAGAAUUCCUGGUCGGCUUCACAAACAAAGGUGAACAAGACUUUGUUUUGGAAACUCUGGAAGCAUCUUUCAGGUAUCCAAUGGACUUCAACUACCAUAUCCAGAACUUUUCAACUUUGGCUUACAACCGUGUGGUGCCACCUAAACAAGAAUCCACAUUGGUGUACUCUUUUAUACCAGCCGAUGCUUUUGCUGGGAGGCCUUUCGGAUUGAAUGUUAUUCUUAGCUACAGAGAUGCCAGCGGGGCCAGCUUUUAUCAUGCAGUCUACAACGAGACAGUCCAAAUCACAGAAGUCGAGGAAGGUCUCGAUGGAGAGACUUUCUUCUUGUACGUUUUCUUGGUGGGACUUGUAGUCUUGCUUUUGGUUCUUGGACAACAGUUCUUGAUCAGCAAAGGCGGUAAGAGGUCUCAAUCUGCCAGCUCGAAGAGGAAGAUCGAAACUGGCACCAGGGACAACCCUAAUGAUGUCGAUUUCGAUUGGCUGCCGAAGGAAACUUUGAACCAACUCAGUAAGUCUCCAAAGGCGCCCAAACAGAGCCCGAGGCAAAGAAAAGUUAAAAGGUCAGUCGGUUCCGAUGACUAGAGUGUUUUGAAUUUUUUUUUAUUUCUUUGAUUUUUUUUCAUGAGUUAGCAAUAACAAUACUAAUUGUCAUCGUGUGACUGUGUGAGCGUAAAUAAUUUAUGCGAGUGAUCACAUAAAAACUAUUUUUUUUUUUGAACAGAACAAAUUAAUUAAAGCAAUAUAAAGGUAGGGGGCACGAUUAUAAAAGAUAUUUUGUUGGAAUGAGAGAUAUAUUUCUAUUUGAGACUUUGGGAGUAAGUCUAUUGGAAUGAUUUAAGUCUUGUACCAAGCCAAGUAUUUUAAUCAAAGUUCUAGUUACAAUGGGACAAGAUAAUUCAUUUUUCGAUUAUGAUGAUAUUUACUAUUGAAACAAAAAAUAAAAUUGAUCCAAUAAAUUCUUUUACAAAUAAACAAAGCAAAAACAACCUAUCAAAGUGAUCUUUCUG